GAAAUGUUUUCAUGCUAUAAAUAUAUACUCUAGGGUUAGGGCUUGGUCAUGGUACCUCAGACUAAAAGCUCUGCUUCUCUUUCUAUGUAUCAUUUCAGAAGGGUUUAGUAGGAGGUUACGAGGAAGAGUUUGGGGAUCGCGAAAUGAGGAAGCGACAAGUAGUUCUGAGAAGGGAGGAGCCACCAAGAACCACCACCAAUUCUUCAGUGACAGUUAGGAGUGUGAGAUAUGGGGAGUGCCAGAAGAACCAUGCAGCGGCCGUCGGAGGUUAUGCUGUUGAUGGUUGCAGGGAAUUCAUGGCCAGCGGAGAGGAAGGAACAAGUGCAGCCCUUACUUGUGCUGCGUGUGGCUGCCACAGGAAUUUCCAUAGAAGGGAAGUUGAAACUGAGGUAGUUUGCGAGUGCUCUUCACCUCCUUCUUCCAAUCGAGCAUAAAUAUAAUUACUACAGUUUAUUUAAGUGGAAGUUUUUAAUUAUGUGAUGUAUUCAUUGAUAUGGUAAGUUGGUAACUGUGUUUUGAGUUUUUAUGGAGACAUGAUCAUCGGACAUGGCAAAAUCUCUUCCACCAAUAAUUUGUGUUAUGUUUCUUGAAGGAAUGGUUUUUCUCACCUUGUUUUUCUAUGUAAUGAAGAAGUUUAAAAGAAUUUCUGCUGC